AUGAUGUCAAUUGAAACUGUUGUUUUGGGAAUUCACAGGGUCAAUGAUUUGAAGACUGGUACACUAGUAGGAACUGACAAAUAUGGAAACAGAUACUAUGAAGACAAAAGAAACUUCUUUGGUCGCCACAGAUGGGUCAUCUAUACUAAUGAAAUGAAUGGCAAAAAUACGUUUUGGGAAGUUGAUGGAAGCAUGGUGCCCCCUGAAUGGCAUCGCUGGCUUCACUCAAUGACGGAUGACCCUCCAACUACUCAUCCACCAGUUGCUCGGAAAUUUAUCUGGGAGAACCAUCAAUUCAAUCUGAGUGGCACUCCCGGACAGUAUGUACCUUACUCCACUACUCGUAAGAAGAUACAAGAGUGGGUCCCGCCUACAACAGCUAGCAAAUAACAGCAAAAAACGUGACUUUGCCUUAGCUUUGGCUUUCAGCAUAAAUUGUAUUUUCACUGGUUUUAUUCAGAAUAAAAGCCUCCUACAACA